AUGGGUCCGGAGGCAGACGCUGAGGUGGACCGCACAGAGGUGAUCCGCAGCAGCAGCGGUCCGGUUUUCUCUAAGAUCUUCUUGGUGGAUUACUACUUUGAGGAGGUCCAAAGGCUCCGAUUCGAGCUGCACGACAUCAGCUCGGGUAACAACGGCCUCCGUGAUGCUGACUUCCUCGGAGCCAUGGAAUGUACAUUGGGGCAGAUCGUCUCACAAAGGAAACUGACCAAAGCUCUACUCAAGCAGGGAAACACUGCUGGAAAGUCUUCCAUAAUGGUGACAGCAGAGGAGUUGUCUGGUAAUGACGAUUAUGUUGAACUCUCUUUCAGCGCUCGGAAGCUAGACGACAAGGAUUUUUUCAGUAAGUCGGACCCUUUCCUGGAGAUUUUUAGAUUAAAUGAUGAUGGAACGGAGUCGCUCGUGCACAGAACCGAGACGGUCAUGAACAACUUGAGCCCAAUAUGGAAAUCCUUCAAAGUCUCCCUGAACACACUCUGCAGUGGAGACCAUGACAGGGAGCUUAAGUGCACCGUCUGGGACUGGGACUCCAACGGAAAACAUGACUUCAUAGGGGAGUUUCAAACCACAUAUAAGGACAUGAUGAGGGCAGAGCAGGAGGGCAAGCAGAUCCAAUGGGAAUGCAUCAACCCUAAAUAUCAGGUGAAGAAGAAAAAUUACAGAAACUCUGGGACUGUCAUUCUCAAUCAAUGCAAGAUCAUCAAAAUGUAUUCCUUCCUGGAUUACAUAAUGGGCGGCUGCCAGAUUCAGUUCACGGUGGCAAUUGACUUCACAGCGUCCAACGGGGACCCGAGAAACAGCUGCUCCCUCCACUACAUCCACCCAUACCAGCCCAAUGAGUACCUCAAAGCGCUGGUGGCUGUCGGGGAGAUCUGCCAAGACUAUGACAGUGAUAAAAUGUUUCCCGCAUUCGGCUUCGGAGCUCUGAUCCCGCCAGACUUCAAGGUUUCCCAUGAUUUUGCCGUGAACUUUGAUGAGGACAAUCCCGAAUGUGCUGGGAUCCAGGGUGUGGUGGAAGCCUACCAGAACUGCCUCCCUAAGAUCCAGCUUUAUGGGCCCACCAAUAUUGCCCCAAUCAUCCAGAAAGUGGCCUCUUCUGCCUCUGAGGAGAUGCACACCAAAGAGGCCAUGGAAUACUUCAUCCUGCUGAUCCUGACCGACGGAGUCAUCACUGACAUGGCCGACACGAGGGAGGCCAUCGUGCACGCCUCUCACCUGCCCAUGUCCGUCAUCAUCGUCGGCGUGGGCAACGCCGACUUCACCGACAUGCAGAUACUGGACGGGGACGAUGGGAUCCUGCGUUCACCCAAGGGCGAGCCUGUCCUCCGCGACAUCGUCCAGUUUGUCCCCUUUAAGGACUUCAAACACGCCUCCCCAGCAGCUUUGGCAAAGAGUGUUCUGGCAGAGGUCCCUAACCAGGUGGUGGAUUACUACAAUGCGAAAGGAAUCAAACCUAAGUGUAUGUCCGACUACGAGUCCACGAGAGCCUUCAGCCCCUGACAAUGGACUGUGUCACACGAUUCUAUACAUACACUCUCUCAUAUUCAUACAUAAAUCAUACUAGUAUAUAAAUACUUCCAAGUACUGUAAAAUACAUUAAACAUGUCCAAAAAGCACAAGCAAACACACCCAAGUAUGUACACAGAACAAUACUACAUAAGUAGUCUAGCUCAGAGAAUUAGCUUGUUGUGGUGAAAUAAUUUGAUCUACUACAUUGAUGACUAUUGCAUGUUUGGCCACAAUGGCAUCACCUGAAAUAUUAUUCCUAUCUACUGUAUAUUGAAAAGGUAUUUCUAGAAAUAAUAACAGUCUUCUGAACCAGCAUGUAGACUCUUACUGAAGCCCAUUGAAAGAAAUGACACUCCUACCUUAUUUAGAUAACUAGCAAGUAGAUAGAUGGAAAGAUCUAUGAGAGUGAAGGCUUAAAUAUGAGUCUGCAUAGCCUAAAAUGUUUAGAAUUAGCAUUGCAAAUGUUAUUCAUGGGAGUGAUGGCAUUCCAGUUAGUGUACUGCAUAAAUGCAUGCCUAAUCAGCCCCCACUAAUAUCAACUCUUGAAUAGUUGCUUGCUGGUUAUGAAAUAAAGUAUCACUGUCAUUUGUGUGAAACUGGGGGUUAUCUUUGGAGUCUGAGGUUCUUUUAUACAGAUUUGUUUGUGAUUUUGCUAAAUGGAAAUAAAUAACUUAAUAACUAUAAUAAUUUCUUAACAAUCUUCUUACAUUGUAAAGAGUUUUGGGAGGGUAGACAAGCGUGUGUGGUAGACACUCAUCUGUAAGCUGAAAAUAGUUUCUUUUUCUGUAUUUUGCAUGUUGAUAAUAAUAAACGUGGUUUGAUUUUCUCA